UGCGCGGUGUCUACGUUACCGACUCUCCAGCGUUUCCUUCCGCCGCCAUCCUCCAUCCGAGAGUCAGACAGCAGCACAAACCUGCUAAAACAUGAGCUUCACCGUGGAAGAGAGGGGAAACCCGAACAGCCUGAGCUAUCGCCUGUUCUUCAAAAAUGCUGAAGGGAAGUACAUCUCACCAUUCCAUGAUAUACCAAUAUAUGCUGAUGAGAGUCAGAACAUCUUUCACAUGGUUGUUGAAGUACCAAGAUGGACAAAUGCAAAGAUGGAGAUUGCUACAAAAGACCUCUUGAACCCAAUAAAGCAAGAUGUGAAGAAGGGCAAGUUGCGAUAUGUUGCCAAUGUUUUCCCACAUAAGGGCUACAUAUGGAACUAUGGAGCCAUUCCUCAGACAUGGGAGGAUCCUGCACACAAAGAUGGAGACACCGGCUGCUGCGGUGACAACGACCCCAUUGAUGUCUGCGAAAUCGGCAGCAAGGUGUGUUCCCGUGGGGAGGUAAUCAAAGUGAAGGUGCUCGGUGUCCUGGCCAUGAUCGAUGAGGGCGAGACUGAUUGGAAAGUGAUUGCAAUCAACGUAGAGGACCCUGAAGCCAAAGACUUGAAUAACAUCAGUGAUGUGCAGCGCCUGAAACCUGGUUAUCUGGAGGCCACGGUCGACUGGUUCAGGAGGUACAAAGUGCCAGAUGGGAAACCAGAGAACUGUUUCGCUUUCAACGAGGAGUUCAAAGACAAGGACUUUGCCACUGAAGUAAUCAAGAGCACUCACAACUUCUGGAAAGCCCUCAUCUCCCAAACAGCCAAUGCCGGUGAACUGAACUGCAAAAACACAUGCGUGUCGGCCGGUGAGAGCCCUUUCUGCUGUUCAGUAGAUGAGGCUAAAGCUGCUGUCGGUGAAACAUGCCCAUGUGGAAAAGAGGAACCUAUACCCUCAUCAGUAGAAAAAUGGUUCUACUACGAGAAGAAGUAAACCAAACACUGGUUGGAGUGGAGCAGAGUGAAAGGCUCAUCUCAGCAAACUUGAAGAUGGUCUUACAUUAGGAACCAGUUGGGUGAUGGGAUCUGGGGUCUGGGUUCUGCUGUUUUCCUGUAGACAGAGAGAUAUUGGUUAGAUGUUGUAGAGCAAGAGAAACGUCAAAGUAAUCAUGUCUUGACCAAUGCAUUUUCACUUAUUUAACAAAGAUCUCAUUGGAGAUGUGCUGUCAUAAAGUACAGGUAUUGUGUUGAGUAGAUACUUGCCUUGUAUGACACUCUAAGCUGCUUUAAUAAAGCUUCUCGGGAUAAAUUAUCAUCAAAUUGUAAUUAGUUUUUCCCACUGAGAAAAUAAAAUAAUUGUGUAACACUUGUCUUCUA